AUGUUGUUUGUAGCAGCAAGUUGGAAUCACAUCAUAAGAAUCCCUAAAGAGAGAUCAUGCCCUGUCCUGGACAAGGGGAGGGACAGGCUCUCCGUGUCCAAGUACAGUCCCCACUUUUGUUCUGGAGGUGGAGCCUCUAUCUCUGUGCACUCCUGUCAUGCUGUAGACCUGGAGAGAGGAAGGUUUGAGGGUGGGCAUGUGCUGAACAGAAUUACAGGUCCUUGGUUUGGUUUACAGACACGUCUGGAUUUAGUGAGGCUAUGCUUCCUUUUGAGGUUUUUGGAUUUGGAGCGGCUCUUCCUUGGAUCUGGGGAGCAUCUUGCUCCCCUUAAGCCAGCUUCUUGGGGCUUCUCUGCCCCCCCCCCAUUUCAUUUUGGUCCUUGA